GCAGGGUAUUAUCAGCAGAACUUGAAACUAAUUGGAACUUAGAAGACAUUUAAUCAGAAUAAUGAUGAUGUGUUUCAAGUAGAAACCCACUUGAAACUGUUAGAUGUUUCUUCAGAUUGAAUGAAGACCCAUUCAAAAAGUAAUGCUUCUUUAAGCUUCUUUGGGAGAAACUUGAGCUUUAUGUACAAUAUCUACAAAAUAGCAGAUCAGCUUUCUUUUUUGUCCUAUCAUCAUCAUCUGAGACGCUGGGUAACCGCGUUAGGAAUAGGUACUCAAAUCAUAUGUGCACUCAUAUUAUCUCUAAUUUUAACCUUUUGAAAUAAUGUUGUGAUAUAUUGUUCAUCUCCUUCUAGCCCGUUCAGUAGAUUAUUAAUUUAAUCGUAUUUUUACAUAUAUAUAUGGCGUGAUCAAAUUAAACUGAAAAAGUGAUGAAGCUUUUUUCUUGCAAUCAUAUAAAACUAGAAGUCACAGAGAUUGUUGGAGCUCAACCUUAUCUGGUUUUACAUUACACGAUUGUGUAAAAAUUGCACUAGAAUAGCUAGAAUCAUGAUCAAGCAUCUUGGAUUUUCCAACUUGCUAGCUUAACUAAGCAGAAGGAAGUGUUUAAGCCCAGAGUUCCGGGCAAGGUUGGGAUGUAUGUCUGCGGUGUCACCACGUAUGAUUUCAGCCAUAUCGGCACUGCUAGAGCCUUUGUCACUUUUGAUAUCCUCUACAGGAUUUGGUUGCCACAUCAGCCUACAGUUGGCCUUUGGGAUUCCAAUUUUGUCUCCGGGCUACUGUGGUGGGUUCUGCACUUCUGCCUUUCCGAGCUUACAUACAAAACAAGUCGGACAGGGGAUCGUACCUUGAAUCCGACACCAGCAUUAUACAAAACAAGUACAUUGCAAGAUUGCCAAGAUGCUCUAUCAUCAUCUCGGGAAGGAAGUGCAGACACAGCAGGAGGGAAUAAAGUUCACAUUACAGAUGCUGCCAACGAAUGCAUCCAUAACCUGCAGAACGAUGUUAAGAAGAUGUCAUGUGAUUUACAUACAUAUUCCUUGUUGAAUUCUGCUCUGCCGAAAGCUUUGAAAUUGAUUAAUAGUUCCUUAACUCUGGUCAAGAAGAAGCAACAACAGAAACAGAAACAGUCAGUUAUUCAAUCUCUUAUUGAACUAGAGAAGGAAGUCAGGGAUGCUUUGGACAUCUUGGGUUUACUUUCCAAAUUAGAAUAUUCAGAGUUACCAAAGAAACUAUGACGGUUUUAGGACAACUGAAAAGCAAAGCACUCAUAAGAUCAGGUUUUGAGGAUGAAUACAUAGAAGACCAAAUUAAGGAGAGAGCAUUGGCUAGGAAAAACAAAGAAUUUUCUAGAGGAGACAAGAUAAGGAGUUAUUUAGCUUCAAAAGGAAUUGCUCUAAUGGAUGCGGGCACUGAAACAAUUUGCAGGCCCUGCGUGCCAGUUCAGCAAGAACAACUAGCUGUACCAAAAGAAGCAAAACCAUGCAAGGACACUGAGAAGCAACAGCAGGCUCAGUUGGUGCAAGUUAAAUCAGAAGAACCAUUGCUAAACGAACAAGAAAAGUCAUCUUGUGUUGAAGCUGUGAAAGAAAAUUUGACGAUGCCUACAAGCACUUGAUGAUGAACCAUCUAUAUUAAUUAUAUAUCAUCAUUUUAA